AGUCAUAUCGCUACCCUUCCUUCCCCGCAACUCGACUACUACGUCUAAACAUGAAGCUCAGCAAGUCUCUACCGGAUUCCAUGCGACACACGCUGGUCAAAGCCAGCAGUGCUAUCUUCGAGCCCGUGGAGACAAUUCUCGAGAAAUCAGGGAAAACACAAAAGGCCCAGAAAUUGCGCAAACUACAGCACCAAUAUAUUGGUCUUUCUGAGGACCAGUGGCAAUAUAUCAAUGAUUACUUUGAGAAUGAGGAAUUUCUAUAUCUUAUAUUACAAGCAAGGGAUCAAGAGUUACAAACUUAUAAAAAGAUGAAGAGCGAAGAACCUCCAAGUGACGACCCCAACGAGAUGAACAACUACAAAGAAAAACUGAGGGAAUCGGAACGGAAACUGGAAGAAUACAAUAACGAUGUGCGCUCCACCGAAGGAGUUAAGAAACUUCUAAAAUGGAAAAUGGGACACACUCCACUGUACCGCGCUAUGGAUUCUCAACGACGCGAUGCAAAUUGGGGCAAGAGAAUUGGAGUUGUAGCUAGCGACUUUGUCGCUCUGGGCCAAGUCAAUCUGAUUUCGAGGGAAGGGAAAAGGUACAUGCAUUCGAAAAUUAGCUAUUCCGGGCGGGUCAAAUUCAAUCCAAGGAAGGAGGAAACGGAUGAGAUUAGUGCACGUCUUAUGAAUGCCUAUGUUUGGGGGUUGGAUGGGAGAAGAGGAUGA